GGAAAAUCUCGCGGGAUAGCGUGGAAGGACCAAGAUGAUAAGGAAUUAAUUGAACUUAUGAAAGAAGAAAUAAUUAUGUUCAGUUUAGAAAAUGCCAAGACGCCAAAGGAAAAAUGGGCUGUUUACAAAAGUGUUCAAGUGCAACUGCAAUACAAAGGAAACGUUCACCUUGUGGAAAAUAUUGCACACUGAAACUAGUAUUCACUUCAACAUGUAUUGCGAGUUCCUUGAAAUAAUAAAGUUAGGAAGAAACUAAUUUAUAUUCUGUUAACUUUUUCGGCUAGACUGAUUUUGCACGUUUGAUUUAGCUGCUGGUUUAACCUUACGGACUGAAUGAAUAAUUUGAUAUUCGCUUACCUUUUCUUUUGAAUAAAAACGUCUUAAUACUAUUGCAUGAUAACUGGCGUAUUUGUUUUGUUUUUGUAUCUGUUGACAAAAUUCGCUUUUUUUAUAUAGGGAUACAUUUCAAAUUAGAAAGUAUCAUUAACAAGUGGAAAAAGCUGAAACAGCAAUAUAAGCAACAUCAUGAUAAACAAAAACGAAGUGGGACUGAACGUCGGAAGAAAUGGAAAUUCUUUGAUGACAUGGAUCAAAUAUGUGGUCACAGGGAUACAUCUUCACCCGCAUGUCUUAUUGAUUCAGGUCUACCUGAUGAAGGUGCAGGUAAAGUAUUUCUUAUGUCUAUCUAACAGGAUAAUGACCUCCAUUAUGCUAAGCUUAGCCGUUUGAGUGACUCCAUUUCAAGCUUUUAGAUUUUUAUGUAAGCUUAUGUAUACUUUUUAAUUUUUUGGCGCAACUGAACAUUGCAUGGAAGUCUGUACUUUAAAAAUUAUUAUUAUUACUAUUAUUGUUACCGUACAUUCUCUUUUAAGCCCCACGGGGGGCUUAUUUUUUUCAAGCACUUUUGAGGGGGGGGAGCUUAAAAGAGAGGGGGGAGGCUUAAAAGUAACAAAAACAAAAUUCUUAGUCUUCAAAAAUGUGCUUUCAGCCUCAUGUUCAUUGGUAAUUUUUAUGAGAAUGGUUACUUGUAUUGAUGUGUCGUACACAAGAGAGAACUACAGAACUAGAGCGCAAAGUUGAGAAAGUUAAGCAUAUGAAGUUAGAGGUCAUGCGGCCGAAGACCAAAAACAACAUGAACUUCCAGCCUGAAUAGACCAUAACUGAUCAGUCCACAUUCAUCGUUAAUUUUUUUGUGAAGAAUGAGGAUUGGGGAAGGGGGAUGGGGGGCUUAAAAAAGAGGGGGGCUUAUGAACCUUCCUCCUCUGAAAGGGGGGGGGGGCUUAUUAGAGAGGGGGGCUUAAUAGAGGAUUUACGGUAUUAAUAGAAACCAUACGUCGAGACUGUCAUACUGGCAAAAGUGGCCGCAUAUUAUCUUCCUGUGUCAAAAAAGGUUAGCACAUGGAACUGAGGGAGUGCAGAAAAUCCAUAUUGUAUUUAUCCCGUUUUCAACGUUAGGGUAAUAUUAUUUCUUUCACUCUGUUCAGAUUUGGAAAGUGAAACAGGUGAUGAUAGCAAAAUUGGCUCUGAUGAUGAAGUGGAAAGUGUGCAUGAUGAAGAGCAAAGCAAAGAUACAAAUGACGUGUCCGCAGAGGGAUGCAGUGAGACUGCUAAAUGCAAACUGGAGCUAGAAGAGGAAGAAUUAAAGGCCCAUGUU